CACGAAGAAAUAACGCUGGUAUGGACGAGGUGUAUGUGCUGGCAUGGCUAUGAAUUAUGCAUGAGCAGUAGGAGUUUUUAUUUAUAACACAUUGAAGAUGUUUGCAUGUGAGGCGAGAUGCACGCUAAGCACCAGUUAGCCUAACCCACAUCAAUACAGAUCUGAGCUUCAGAAAUGAAUUAAGCAUGGUUGAAAGAAAGUUACACUAGAAGUAACCUCACUCUGGCACCAUUCUGUUUGAACUUUAUCACCACUGAGGGGAAAAAAAACUACCGUAAAAAUCUGUUUUUUAUGCUGAUUAUGCAGAUGCUUCUGACUUUUAGACCUUAUUGUCAGAAAAUGUAAAUUAACUACAGUACAGAGCAUCUAAUAAUGUUCUCUUCCUUUUUUCCCCUUCCUUCUCCUCAGGCUCCUUUCACACCCUUCAUUACAGAGAUGAUGUACCAAAAUCUGCGUCACCUCAUCGAUCCCGCCUCUGUCGAAGAGAAGGACAGCGGCAGCAUCCACUAUCUCAUGCUGCCCCAAGUCAGGGAGAGUGUGAUUGACCAGCGCAUCGAGAGCGCCGUCUGUCAGAUGCAGUCUGUGAUUGAGCUGGGCCGAGUGAUCCGAGACAGGAAGACUCUGCCCGUUAAGUACCCAUUAAAGGAGGUGGUAGUUAUUCACCAAGACGCAGAAGCUCUGAAAGACAUUCAGUCCCUGCAGAAAUACAUCCUGGAAGAGCUUAAUGUGCGACAGUUGACACUGUCAACAGACAAGGACAAGUACGGGAUCCGUCUGAGAGCCGAGCCGGACCACAUGGUGCUGGGCAAGAGACUGAAGGGGGCCUUCAAAGCCAUCACGGCUUCUAUCAAGGAGCUCACCAGCGAACAGCUCGAGGCCUUCCAGAAGACAGGAUCCAUCGAGGUGGACGGCCAUGAGCUUCAUGAGGAGGACCUGAGACUCAUGUACACCUUCGACCAGAGCUCUGGCUCAGCAGCGCAGUAUGAAGCACACUCUGAUUCACAGGUUCUUGUGCUGUUGGAUGUCACCCCGGACCAGUCCAUGAUGGAUGAAGGCGUUGCCCGAGAGGUCAUCAACCGCAUUCAGAAACUACGCAAGAAGGGCCAUUUGGUGCCAUCAGAUGAGAUAGCUGUGUACUACCGCUGCCAGCCAGAGGGGCAGUACUUGGGCUCUGUGAUCCAGGCUCACACUGACUUCAUCCUGGCUACCACCAAGGCUCCACUGCUGCCCUUCCCCAUCCCCAAGACUGCCAGCGUCAUCAUAGAGGAAAAGACUCGGCUGAAGGGCUCAGAUCUGGAGUUAACCAUAGUAAAGGGGUCUUCAGCCCCUCGGGCUCUUUUAAAUGGACCAGCUUGCACCUAUGUGAACGUCAGGGUGAAGGUCAACAACACAGAACAAGAGGGGGUGGUGCUGUUGGAGAACCCGAAAGGCGAUAACAGACUAGACUUGGACAAGCUGAAGAAAGUGUGCAGCAGCAUCUUUGGAACCAACAACGCCCAACUCAGGUUCUUCAACGGCGGGACUGAGUUGACCAGUAAAAUGGACCUUCAGGCUUUGAGCGGUAAAACAUUGUCAGUGACUUCAGGCUCUUCCUCCCCUGGCCAAGUCCCCAGCACCGACACCCUUCUAUGUCCUUACGUUAACCUGCUGCUCUGCAACGCACAGCCAGCUGAAUGCCAGACCGGAGAGGUGGGCACCCUCCUGCUGGUGAAUCCAGUGGGUCAGAAUGCGCUCCACUACUCAGGCCUCCUGUCUGAGGCUGCCAAGGUGUUCGGGCUCCGCAGCAGACUGCUUAAACUCUACCUGGACCAGGACCUCACCCAGGAGCUGCCAGCUGAUUCAUCGGUAAAAUCUCUAGACACCAAAACCCUGUUUGUGCGAGUUCUUCCAACAUCUGCCGAGGCCUAAAUCCAGAGGAGCCAUCUUUAGGAACAUUUGUCUCAGAUGACUCACAGGUUCCCUGAAUGAGGUUUUUUACCAGUUAAAUUCCACAAAUAGUCCUGUUGGUGUUUGACAUUUUUUUCUGAAAUCCUGAUGCAGAGCAAGUUUGUCUGUCAAGUUCACACGUUUUAAUUCAUUGAGUCACAAUCAGCCACGUCUUGAAAUGUCUUAAGACAACUUAAGGCACGAAAUGAGUGUCUUGAUAUUUUGAUUUGUUUCAAUGCAUUUCAAGAUGUGAUGAUAGCUCUAACUCAUCAUCGUAUUUAGCCGAGACUUCCCUUGUACGGCCUGGUGACAGUUUCUAAGACAGAACAGCGUGUUGCUGGGUUUUAUUAUUCUAGACAGAGGAGAGAUGCACUAUCAUCAUUUUUACACUAGAAAGUGGAUGCACUUAAAAAACAGAACGAUUGUUUAUACAUAACAGCUUAAUAGACUCGCUGGAUAGAUGUGUAAGUGUGAUAGAAGGAAAACCUGACAUCAAACUACCCAGGAAGAAAUGCCAAUGUCUUGUUUUUUACUGCAGAAUUCUUUUCAGUCAUGUUUCAAUAUUUCUUCUUGGACUUCACAGAACUGUCUAAACUGUCUAGCUGUAAACCCAUGUAUGUUUUUGUCUUUAUUAUGCUUAUGUUAAAAAAUGAUGCAAGCUACUUCUGUUCAAGGCUUAUUUGAGGUGAGCUUUGUCCAGAAUAAUCAUUGCUCUGGCUCAUCAUUGGGGAAACAAUUUGUCCGGUUGUGCUUACACAUGAUUUAGAAUUGAACAGAUAAACCUGCUGCUCAUUGCAUUGGGAAUCCUCUGACAAUUGUAAAGGCAUUUAAAAGGUGAAAUGGAUUUUCGGGCUGCUGCUGUACCUCAAGGACAAAAGAGUUCUCUAUUAAAAAGAGCAACAAAUGGAUAAUGUACUAUUUUAAGUGACAAAUGGAAUAAAUCAAAGGUGAAUCGA